AUGUGGCUGCGAAGUUUGUCGACAAUCGCCGCCUGCGCUUUACUUACAGCGGCGGAUAAUAAUCAUAUCAGACAGGUUUUCGGUAAAAGGUGCACCGGAAUCGAUUAUUCCCUGGCCUGUUUCAAGUUGGAUCUGCUUCGUCUCCUCACCCAAUUCAAGGACAAGACUGAGUUCAGGAUCGCACCGGGUAUAGCUCUCGUCGGGACCGAAGAAACGUCGAGAUUUUCCGACGUUAUCGGUUCCAACGUUAUGAAACCGAGGACAAGCAAAGAAUUGGACGAGUAUUUGAAAGCAGCCGUGAUGCACUACCUGGGCACCAUGAACCUCACAUUGCAGCUCGGAGAAUCGAGGAUACUAAAUGAAAUCACUGGCUACACGAACAGCAUUGGGAAAGGAAGAGGUAAGAAGGCCAACUGGUACUCCAUCUUCUCCGUGGCGUUGGUGAGCUUCGCUUUGAUCGCCGCGUUAUCCGGCAAAGCGCUUAUGAUUUCCAUCUUCGCGAUAAUGAUGUCCGGCUUGGCCGCCCUACGCGGUGGCGGCGGCGGAAUCUUCGGAGCACCCGGCGGUCGCAUAACGCAGUACGACAUCGUUAUGAAGCCUUCGGCGUACGCAGCAGAACCGCCCCAUUUGUACGACCACCACGACCACCAAAUAGCAGACUACGCCUCGCCUUUCGCCUUCGCCAGGCGAACGGCUCAUCAAAACCAACCACUGUAACAAUUCUGGCAAUUCUGAACUGUUGUAUAUA